AUGCGGUUUUCUUUUAUUGUUCUGACUCUUGCCGUCCUUUCUCCUGUUGCAUUUGGAGCACCUAUACCUAUAGAUGACCCAAUGUUCUUUGGACGAGAGAUUGGAUCCACUGGUGUGUCUGAACAGGUCAUUGUUCAACUAAACCCCAUGCUAGUAAACAUCACCAACUUCUUUAAAAAACUCAUUGCUGUGGAGAAUUUCCUGGCUGGUCAACAACCUGUCGAGACACUGGAUAUCCAAGAACCUCAACUCGACUAUGGUGAUGAGUCUUACAGCAGACGUAUCCAGCGACGCGACAUGGCUGACAAGAUUCGCCAUUAUUCUGGUGCAUAUACGGCCGAAGACGACGGCUCCUCUUCUCAGUCAGCAUCUGAUUAUGAUGACUCUGAAGAAGAACCUUAG